UCCCUAAUGAAAGAAAAUGAAGGGGGACAGGGACAGACAUCCAACGCAGGACGGAGCGGUGAGUCCCAAUAUAGUCGCCGACGUCGCCCCGUCGCGUCGAUCGGUCGGCGGUCGCAAGCAGGGACGAGGACCAUGGAGCUGUACCUGCUGCUGCACAGCGUGGUGAUGCACGCCAUCGCCGCGCUGGUGAUCCUGGUCUACAUCCCGGUCUGCGUCCCGGCGAGGCUGCUCGCGCGGGCGCUCGUGAGGCCGCGCAGGAAGGAGGACCUCAGGGGGAAGGUCGUGCUCAUCACCGGCGCCUCCUCCGGCAUCGGCGAGGAGCUUGCCUACCAGUACGCCAGGGAAGGGGCGUACCUCGCGCUGGUGGCCCGGAGGAAGCAGGCGCUCAAGAGCGUCGCCGCCGCCGCCCUGGAGCGCGGCGCGCCGGACGUCCUCGUCCUCCCGGCCGACGUCGCCGACCCGGCGCAGUCCAGGCGCGCCGUCGAGGAGACCGUCGCCCACUUCGGCAAACUAAACCAUCUGGUCGCCAACGCCGGCAUCUGGUCCAGCUGCUCCUUCGACCAGGUCACCAACAUUGCUGCCUUCACCAAGCUGAUGGAUGUGAAUUUCUGGGGCUCCGUCUACCCAACCUACUACGCCCUGCCACACCUCAAGGCCAGCAGAGGGAAGCUCGUCGUGUCCUGUUCGGCGGCGGGGACGGUGGCCACGUCGAGGAUGGCCUUCUACAAUGCCAGCAAGGCAGCGCAGCUCAGGUUCUACGAGACGCUGCGGACGGAGCUCGGCUCGGAGGUCGGCAUCACCAUCCUCACGGCGGGGUACGUCGAGUCCGAGAUAACCAAGGGCAAAGGGGUCCAGAAGGGCGGCGAGGUCGCCGUCGACGAGGACGCCAGAGAUGCGCAGAUCGGGGUGUUCCCGGUGGGCCGGGUGGAGACGCUCUGCGAGGUCGCUCUGGACGCCGUCCGGAGCGGCGACUGGUACGUGACGUGGCCCUCCAUGUACCGGCCGAUGCAGCUCGUGGCCUGCCUCGCCCCCGAGGUCCUCAGCUGGGUGUCCUACGUCCUGUACAAGGAGGAGGCCGCCAAGGGGAGCCGCCCGCUCGGGCAGAGGAUCCUGGAGGCCACCGGGGCCAAGACCCUGUUCCCGCCGUCGCUUCUGCAUCCGGUGGUCAAGACGGACUAGAGGAGAGAAAUUAAAUGUGCAGCAUCAGAUUGUGUAGCAUGCGCGCUAAAUUCACGCAAACAUAAAUAAAUUCGAAAGAACGAUCGCGUUAGAUGUUCCUUUCCACAUUUCUAUACGUGUCGUCAAUCAGCGCAUUCGCACGGGCUAGAGACAUGUUACGCUGUUCGCCUGUUCUUGUUAGUUUGUAAGUGCUAACAAAAUCAAACGAUCAACAAACUACUUGCGGUUGGUUCGUUACCUCCUUCAAAUUGGUUUGCUUGUAUAGGUUUUGUGAUGUUUGUUUGGUCCUUAGAGAUUAGAAAUGAAAGUAUAUUUUUCAA